ACAAUUCACAACAUUAUUAUCAGCUUACCUUGAGUGACAACUUAUGGCUUCAACAGGUAUAUGACUUUGGUUCUUUCUGCUUUGGAAUUGAUGGCAAGUAUGAUUUAAAUAGUGACGGAGCACCAAUUUUAUCUCUAGUUGUUGAGGACAAUGCGGGCUAUAGAACUCCAAUUGCAUUUAGACUUUCGAACAAGGAAAACAACCAUACUAUUUGA